AGUUGGUAGCACUUGAGAGCCGUCCCCUCCUCACAGAAUGUUUUGGGUUGGAAAGGACCCCUAGAGGUCAUCUAGUCCAACCUUCUUGCACCAUAAUACAUAUGGAGGGAGUGUUUGCAGCCCCAGUCUGCAGUCCCCUUCCUUUAGAUGGAAAAUGGUAAUAUCCUGAUUCCCCUUGUUGGAUUUUUCACAUGACUGACCACAAAACUAUUAAUAUCUGGAUCCAGAGCUGGUUCAGCCAGACAACUCAUUCCUUCCAAGAAGAAGAAAACCACAACUUCUUCUAUCCCUGGAAAAACCUUUUGUGACUGCAAGACCAGCAGCUCAGAUGUAGCAGAAGCAGUUCUGGUUUACUAAAACACCUCAGCGGAGAACGUCAACCAGCAUGAGAGAGUUUGGUUUGUUUCUUCUGUGCCUCCUUCACAUCUCCAGGAAGGGUGUGCAGUCCAAUGGCUGGUCCGUUCAUGUCCCAUCUGAUGUUACUGGUGAACUUGGGAAGAUGGUUGUCCUGCCCUGCACUUUCACACACCCCUACAAAACAUUUGACCGGACCCUCACUGCCAUUUGGAGGAUCAAGGAACCCUACAAUGGCACAAUAGUUUUCAAGUGCAUUAGUCAGAGCACCAGUGAGCUCUGCAAGACCGCCAUCAGCCUCAAAAACAAAUACAAACUGCUUGGCAACCCCCGCCACAAGGACCUUUCCAUCAGGAUUGACAAUCUGACCUGGAGCGACAGUGAGAGGUACUUCUGCCGGGUGGAGCUGUCCGGAGAUAUCCACGACAAGUACUUUUUUUUAUUUGAUUGUUUCCACAAUGCCUUUAGGAGCCAAAUGUAUGAAAUGGGUCAACAGGUCCAGCAGAAGACCAAUGGUUCCCCCCCCCACGUUGUGAUUUCUGCAGCUGCCCCCAGGAUCAUUAACAUCACCGUCACCUCCAAUGGGGAUCGCACCUUCCAGGCACGCUGCACCGCUGAGGGGGAGCCAGCGCCCACUCUGACCUGGACCGGACCACCCCACAGCAACCUCACCUCCACCACCAGCAUGAACCACCGCGUCACCAAGGAGCUCCAGUACCUGGCCCACGAUGGAAAAUACACCUGUACGGCUGUCAACAGCCAUGGGAGAGCAGAGGGAGCGGUGUACUUCUAUAAAUUCAAAGCAUCCAACAGUGCCUUCUUCCUGAUCCUGAUCUUCGUGCCACUGGGAAUUAAAGUGCUCAUUUUGCUGGUGAUACUGGGCUUCACCGUUUUCUCGAGAGGAGGUCCCUCCUCUGCCCCAUCCAGCCUGGCCCGGCCACAGCUGCAAGACUCCACCUAUGAGAACUUUGACCGCAGACAGGGCUGCAGCCAGGCUUUGCCGACAGAACGAACAGCAUCGAGACGCAGCUGAGGACCUGGGCGGUCUCACCCGCGCUCACGGCUGGGAUUCCCAUCUGCUCCGUACAAGGCUGCCUCUUCCCAGUGAAUGCAAGGCUGACGUUGACUGAUGCACAGAAGGUCAAACAGGCCUUCUGAGUGUGUGUUUUCCACCCCUGUUGCUGCUUACGAGAAGCCUUUAAAGGGAAGAGAGAAGAAAGAAGAGAGAAAACAAAGAGGGGUGGAGCUGGAAGAGCAGAAGAGGAUCUACAUAGGAUGUCAGUUCUAACCAACAUGUGUGUUUUUAACCCAUAUCGGAUAGUGUUUAGCAAGCAGGUAACAGCCUACCACUUUCUCACAUCUUUCUGCUUUGUCAUUUUUCAAACAUUACUUCAAAAAGCAAUUUUUGCCACUUCCCUUGUCAAACCCCAUGCAGCUUCCUACAGCCAGCAAGGGAAGCAUUUUCAUGUUUCAAAUACCAGCUGUGAAAAAAUGCUACUGAAUUUCAGCGGGGAGGGGUGUGUGUGUCGUAUUUUAUUAUUAUCAUUAUUAUUGUUAUUAUUGUUAUUUCUUAACUUCUAGAAGAGUUUAUUUAAGAAUUUAAAGGGCAACUUAAGUUUCAAGAGGGAGUCCAAGCAAAAAGGAAAAGAGGUUUUCUGAAAGCUGUUCUAGCUGAAAGCAAGGCAUUCAAAGUGUGGUCUGUACUAUAACUCUGCUGCAGCUCCUAGUGUUCAUGUGCACAGACAAGCAGAAUCUCAGAGCUUUGUGAUAAAUAUGCUGUGACAAUGUUCCAAUAAACCCAAUUGGCUUUUUUUUAAAAAAAAAAAGAAAAGAAAAUUAUUACUAAACAAUCUCUAUCUCUCUGUUACGUGAAAAAGUUCCUUUAAGGCCUGAUUGCUCAUCUCAAAUUCUCCUGAGAUGAAGUCACUACUGCAAAGUUGCUGGCCACCCACAGACGAGUCUCUAACCCCACUGUGAACACACUCCAAGACGAGGUGAAGAGUGGCACAGGAUGACCCAAGCCAACCCAGAGUCUUGGUCAGGCAGGCAAAGGUCCAGGAGAGGGCUGCUGAAGAGCAAUGGGUUGGCAUACGGGAGGAGGAGGAGAUAGAAUGAAAAGACAAAGGAAAAAAAAAAAAAAAA